AUGGUACGUUAUUUUGAUGGAAAAGUGUUACUCUUAAGUCUUUAUUUUUUGUCCAAGUGGGCCAAAAAUAUAAACCAAGAGGCAGGGGUUCUAGUUUGUGUUUCAUUACUCUAGGCGUUCUCUAGUUAUUUUCGUUUAUCCAUGCGUCGUUUGUCAGCCCUUUGGGUUAGUCGAAUCUUAGAUGAAACGAGCCCUUUCCACGAUAUAUAAGUGAGCCGUGUACGCUCGGUGCACGUCUUGUGGGCCCCUGUUCAAAAAAAGUCAAGUACGGGGGAGGAGAAAUACUUUCUGUGGGUCCCUGUUUACAAAAAAGUCAAGCAAGUGGGAGGACAAAUACUUUCCACCGUCAUCGCGUGGGUGGUCAACAUUUCUUAUCCUCUGCCUGUCCGUUUGCUCGAAGGCACGGGCCCCAUUCUCUAUAUACGCCAUUAUUCAGCUCACCUUGCUGACGUUAGGUGAUAACCCAGUCUUCUGGCAUGUUGUUAUAUACAUCGACAGUUGGCAACGUUCCUGGAGCAGCAGUAGUAUCAGAAUAAAGAUGAUCAUCAACAAGCUGAAGCAGCUAUCCGCCGAGAAUCCCCCCACCUCUCCCAAAGGUUGGGCCUUUCUUCUUUGCUACUUGGGGCUCAUGACCCGUGUACUUUCUAUUUCUGACUAUCUGUGCGCAUUGGAUUCGGUCGGCAGAGGGUGGUGCUGCCUCUGCGGCGGCGAGCACGCCGUCGCCGGACGCUAAGGAGAACGUUUCGCCGAGCGUCUUUAACCCGGGCAGCAACCUGUUCAGCAAGGCCAUCGGCGCCGAGAUCCUCGACAAGCCCCCGCCCAGCGCCGCCACCGGAUAG